UCUCUCUCCUUCUGCACAUCACCGCCUCUCCUGCACCAUGGCCUUCUCCGGCAGGUAUGAGAUUGAGAGCCAGGAGAACUACGACGAAUUCCUCAAGCUCAUUGGCAUUCCCGAUGAUGUCAUCGAGAAGGGCCGCAACUUCAAGAUCAUAACUGAGGUAGUGCAGAACGGCAACGAGUUCACCUGGUCCCAGAUCUACCCCACCACGUCCAUGACCAACAAGUUUGUCAUCGACAAGGAGUGCGACAUGGAGACCAUGGCAGGAAAGAAGUUCAAGGCCACCGUCACCAUGGAGAACGGUAAGCUGACAGUACGCUUCCCUAACUACCAUCACACGGCGGAGGUCUGCGGGGACAAGCUGAUAGAGUGCUCCACAGCCAGCGGUGUGAAAGGCACCGUGACACUGAAGAGAACCAGUAAGAGGAUUUAACAGAAUCACCAUGACCCCUUGCUUGCAACCCCUGAGAUCUACCACUGAAAGGGAAAAUAAAUGUGUUGUUACUG